AAAAAGAAAUAAAAAAGGAGUAUGAUUGAUGAAAGAUGAACAUGCAUCGUGAUAACAUUAGAUGGUACAAUAUCCUCACCAACUUGGAAGUGACACAAAUUAUACAUUACUAGCUACUAGUAGAUCUGAAUCUCUCUCUCUCUCCUCCGACAAUGAAUAGGAAUCUCAGAGAAUCUCUUGCCGGUGGGAGGAAUAUUCCGGCGAUCUCUCAGUUUCGCAGAGGCAAUAACAACAACAACAACAUCUCUCCAAAUGGCUUCUCUAGAGAUUCCGAUGAGAAUCUAGAUCUCUUCUCUAAGAUCCGUCGCUCAUUCCCAUUGGCUUCCUCCGACGAAUUACCCGACGUUUCGGCAAAACUCGGGAGACUUUCGGUCGGAUCCAAAAUAGCUCCCAAAGGUAAAGGUGAUGAUCUCUUGUCUUCAGGUGAAGGUGGAAAAAAUGAUUAUGAUUGGCUUCUUACUCCUCCUGGAACACCUCUUGGAAGUGACUCUCAUUCAUCUUUGGCAGCUCCAAAGAUUACAUCUUCCGCUAGAGCCAGUUCUGCUUCAAAGGCUUCAAGGCUUUCAGUUUCGCAGUCAGAGAGCAGUUACCAUUCUUCCCGCCCCGCUAGAAGUAGCUCUGUGACUCGGCCAUCCAUUUCCACCUCACAAUACAGCUCAUUUACUUCAGGCCGUUCACCAUCUUCCAUCCUAAACACUAGUUCAGCUUCAGUCUCAUCCUACAUUAGACCUUCAUCCCCUAGUUCCCGUUCGUCAUCUUCAGCUAGACCUUCCACUCCCACCCGUACUUCUUCGGCAUCACGGUCCUCAACUCCAUCGAGAAUCCGUCCAGGGUCAUCUAGUUCAUCCAUGGACAAGACCAGACCGUCCCUGAGCUCAAGACCAUCGACUCCAACUUCUAGACCACAGCUCUCAGCAAACUCCCCAAAUAUAAUUGCUUCUAGACCAAAUUCUCGUCCUUCCACCCCUACCCGUCGAAGCCCAUCCACCUCGGUGUCUGCAGCAUCAGGAUCCAAUAUUUCAGGUGGACGUGCUGUAUCAAAUGGUCGUACUGCACCUUCAUUGUCUAGGCCAAGCUCUCCUGGACCUAGAGUUAGAACCACCCCGCAACAGCCAAUUGUUCUAGCAGACUUCCCUCUUGAUACACCACCUAAUCUCAGAACAUCUCUCCAAGACAGACCAAUAUCAGCUGGUAGGUCCAGGCCAGUCGCUGGUAGCAGCAUGGCAAAGGCAAGUUCAGAACCCAAAGGUCCCAUCACAAGAAGGAAUUCAUCUCCUAUCGUGACUAGAGGAAGACUGGCUGAGACCCAAGGAAAAGGCCGUUUUGGUGGUAAUGGGCAGUACCUCACAGAUGCACCAGAGCCCCGGAGGAUUUCAAACGUGUCUGACAUAACUUCACGGAGAACCGUUAAGACCUCGUCAACUGUCACGGACAAUAACAACGGACUUGGGAGGUCAUUCUCAAAAAGUUCACUCGAUAUGGCCAUUAGACACAUGGACAUAAGAAACGGGAAGACUAACGGGUGCGCACUAUCAACCACAACGCUAUUUCCUCAGAGCAUCAGACCAGCCUCAUCCAAGAUCCAGCCAAUCCGUUCAGGGAAUAAUCAUUCGGAUUCUAUCAGCAGCAACGGCACAGAGAACGGGAAUGGAGCAAAUGAGGGUAGAAGACUGAUGGGGAAGUUGAGCGACAUGGACAUGUAUGAGAGCUCAAGGUAUGAUGCAUUGUUGCUGAAAGAGGACGUCAAAAACACAAACUGGUUACAUAGCAUCGAUGACCGGUCGUCAGAUCACGGACUCAUGUUUGACAAUGGAGGCUUCGAGCUACUUCCAGAGCCCUUUGCCCCACUAUAACACACAAACACACACACACACACCACAAGUAAACAACUUUUUUUCUUUCUAAAACCACUUCUCUCUUCUUUACUUUUUUAUCUUACAUAAUUUGUUUGCUUGUCAAUGGUGGAAAAAGGCUCUAAGUGUUCUUGGUUCUUUGGUUAUUGAUUCUUGAUUCAUGGCUAUUGAGUGUGGUUUGUAACUUUGUAGUUACUAGUUAUAAUAUUUGAGGAGAUGGUAACGUAAUGUUGUACCUCAAGUUCACUCA